AUGGCGAUACCCGUCCAGUCCUCGACCACAUCUGUGGAGUUGUCCUCGACGACUGGCACUGGAGAACGCCUGCAUCGAGCAGACCCUUCCCCGCUCUCCGCCCACGAUACAAGCAUGAUGCAAGCAUCUGCCGAAGUUGACUCGCAGCUCCCAGACGGCGGCUAUGGAUGGGUGGCAGUAUCCGGCUGCGCAGUGUUGACAUGGUGGUUCACCGGGACAUCCUACAGUUGGGGCAUUCUGCAAGCAGCACUCGUGAACGACGGAGUCUCGUCUGCGUCAACUCUCGCAUUUGUCGGCUCGUUCGCUGUGGCUUGCAUCUCGUUCCUGGGAAUCUUGAAUGCGACGCUGAUUCGCAAGUUUGGAACGCGGGUCUGCGGCGUGCUCGGGAUUGUGUUCCUUGGUGUUGGGGAGAUUCUGAGCGGGUUCGCGCUCAGGAGUAUUGGAGGAUUGUUUGUUACCGCGGGGGCGGUUAUGGGAGUUGGGAUCAGUCUAUGUUUUAUGGUCGUCUCAGUCACACCAGCGCAGUACUUCAGAGCUAAGCGCGGAAUCGCCAACGGCAUCGUCUACGCGGCCGGCGGGCUCGGCGGCGCAGUCAUCAGUUUCAUUGUGGACGCUCUCAUCCAAGGCACCAGCCUCGCAUGGACAUUCAGAGCUCUGGGGCUGAUAACCCUAGCAACGGGCAUCCCAGCAGCGCUCUUAAUAAAAGAGCGCGCGCCAAUUCCCAAAUCCGCUUUUGUGGAAUGGAACCUUUUCCGCGACGUUCGAUUCGCCCUUCUCUUCCUCGCUGGUGCAAUCGCCACAUUUCCACUCUUUGUGCCCCCCUUCUUCCUUCCUCUCUACACUUCCUCGCUAGGUAUGAAGUCCUCCGUUGGCGCUGGCGUAGUCGCAGCCUUCAACUUUUCUUCCGCGCUCGGAAGACUCAUGUGUGGGUUCUUCAGCGAUAGGUUGGGUCCACUAAACACUCUCUUCCUUUCUCUACUGCUUAGUGCUGUGAGCAUGCUUGUUCUUUGGCCCAUAUCAAGCUCAGUAGCACCACUUGUUGCGUUUGUUAUAAUCAACGGAAUGGCGAACGGUGGGUUCUUCUCCACUAUUCCGACUGUUGUAGGGAAUGUCUUUGGCUCGGCGAGAGGCGCGCCUAUCGCGGGAUACAUCCUGGACGCUUCCGGCGGCGAGCAGGGAGGAUACGAAGCGUACAGACCGGCCAUUUUCUACGCUGGGUCACUUGCUUUUGCGGCGGCAGUCUUAGCAGCUGCGAUACGAUUGAAGGCUGAUAUAAACCUGAAGAAGAGGCUGUAG